GCCGAGAGGGACAGACAGAGGGCGACGGUGGAGGGAGAGAGAGACAGAGCGGAGGCAGGGCAACCAUGGGGGGCUGGCAACAACAGCAGAGAAAUGGAGACAGAUGAAGUGAAAGAGGAAGAGAGAGAGAGAAAGAUGGAGAGCCAAUAUGUGGGGAAAAGAGCAAGGCAAAGGAAGGUAGACAUACAUGAGACAGACAUACAGAGAGAAGGAAAUACAGAAAGAGAAGCAAAAAAGGCUAAGCCAGAAACAGGAAGAAUAAAAGGGACGGAGGCAGGGAGAGCCCCAGUGCCUGGGCAGAGUGCCAGCAGCACCUUCCCAGGCCCAGCUCCACCCCCUCCUGAGUGCCUCAGUCUCCCCACCUGCUUGGGGGCCCCAGGGUGACCUGCCGCUCUCCUGCUUCCUCAGAUCAGCCAAGGUCAGGCAUUUGUAUGACUCAGGCCUAGUUCAGUGUUGCGGGGACAUCUUUCUCGGUGUCCCCACACUCUCCAGGCUGGCACCUGGGAGGUCCUCAGCUCCUUGCCACAGCCUCAGUGAGGGUGGGACACCCCACCAGGCCCAGAGGAGGUAUGCCCCCAGUGCCUCAGUUUCCCUAGCUAUGACAAGAUACAUUCACUGAAUAAGUGUUCAGGGAGCCCCUACUGUGUGCCAGGCCUGGUACAUGCUGAAGACACAGAGGAGCCGAGGCAGAGCCGACUCCCACCAGUUCUGGACUUAGUUUACUGGGGGUGGGGGGGAAGAUCCUCAAUGCCUCCCUUUUCUAGAGAUGAUGACCCUGAGAACAGAAGAGUGAGUGAGGUGACCAAGGUGACUGGGUGCAGGAAACUGUUACUGGGAGAGAGAACCGCACAUUUGAAGCCUGGGAGGAAGACUUUCUGGAUCGCCUUACACAGAGAAGGCUCGUUGUCACAGGGCAAAGCCAGAAAGCCCUAAGAAGGGUCUUCUUGAAGGCUGAGGCCCAGGGAGGGGAGUCCCAUUCCUGAGGUCACCGUCUGUGGUCCUCAGUUCUCCACCUGAACAACUGUCUCCCCAGAGAGAUCUGGAUGCCUGUGGGAUGAUGUCUGGGGAGAUGAUGGUAGAACCUCAGAGGGCAAUGGGGCGGGCACCUCAGGAAGAAGUGAAUUCCUGUCCCUGGAAGUGGGUAAGUGGGACAGAGUCUCCCAAGGACUGCUGUGGUUUCUUCCAGUCUCUGAUUCCAAGUUUUAUUUCCAGUUUGACCUAUAGAGGGCGGCAGAGGCCAGAGAUGGAAGACAAGCUGCUCCCCGCCCCCAUUGCAUUUUCUCCCAGGUCUUAGAAAAGCUGGUGUUGAGCCUGUUGCAGCCUCAAGCAAAUCCUUUCCCUCCUCUAGCCUCAGUUCGUCCCUCUGUCACUCAAGGAGUACAGUCUCUGUCUUAUUUCCCUGCUCAAGGAAAGCUUUGUCAAGGUUAGCAGUAAAAUGCACAGGUGGCCAAGGAAUUGGUUAUUGACAUCCUGCACUGUGUUCACAUAAUUCAAGGCAAAUAAUAGUGAUAAAGAAAUAGCAACGUUGGAUCCAAGUCAGGAAGGUCCCCUGGAGGAGGGCACGGCAACCCACUCCAGUAUUCUUGCCUGGCAAAUCCCAUGGACAGAGGAGCCUGGCAGGCUACAGUCCAUAGGGUCGCAAAGUGUUGGACACAACUGAAGUAGCACACAGUAGCAACAGUAGUAUUCUUUAAUGUUUAUUGACUGCUAUUUAUUGAAUCUAUACUUCCUAAAACAGCUAUUUCUACCAGCCCCAUUUUUCUGAUGAGGAGACUGAGGCACAAAGUUAAGGAAAAUGUUGUUAAGUAGAAGUGCUGGGAGUCCAAACUGGCAGGCUGAGUCGACAGCCCAGAGGUGCCUGUGGGGCACCAAGGCUCUUCCAGGAACAGGGAGCUUUAGGAGAGUGCAACAGGGAAUGGUGGGGACUGUGGAAAAUGGGGACUAGAUUCUGCUCUCCUUGGGCUGUUUGUUCUCCCACUUCCCUGGGAUAAAAUCCCCAAGUCCUCCCCAAAGCCUAGAGGGCCCUGCAUGACCUUCACCUCCCUGUUCUCACCUCCUCCCUCUCUCUCCCUAGCUCACGCAGCUCCCAUCACAGAGGGCUCACUGUCCAACACACCAGGCAGGGUCCUGCCUCAGGGCCUUUGUACUGGCUGUUCCCUCAACCUGGAGCACUUUUCCUUCUGAUAUUCCUGUCUCACUCAUCUUUGCAAAAACACUCAAUGUCCCCUCAGUGAAAAAGCUUUCCCUGACCAUUCUAUUAAGAACUGCAACCACCAGAAAUGGCUUUCCCACUUCCUCUCCCCUGCUUCAUUACCGUCCAAUAUACAGUAUACCUUACUUAUGUAUUAUGUUGAUUAUCUUCACCACUCUUAUCUAAGCUCCUAAGCGUAACGAUUUUUUUGGUCUGUUUUAUUCACUGCUGUUUCGCCGGCUCUAGGAUAGCAUGUAACACAUAGGCAUUCAACGAGUUACUCGCUUAAUGAACGCCCCAUAUAAAAGUAGCAGUGUUUUAAAAUUCCAUCAGGAAAACAAAAUAGUUCUGUAAGCCGAUUGUAGCCCGCGGGAAGGCAGUUUGAGAGCCCCAAGAGACUCAUUGCACAUUUCCGUUUCCCGCAAAUGGAUCAGAGGUAGAAAAGGGACCCGAGGCCCCACCCCUUCCUAGGUUCCGCCCCAUUACGUCGACGCGCGUACAAUUGCGUCACUUGGAGCGACCUGGGCAUGCGCACUUCACCAGCAAGACCGGGGAAGACACACACGCGACCCGGAAGGCCUUUCCGCGGCACUCCAAAGCGGGCGUGAGGGGGGCCGAUGGCGGAGGGAGCGGCAGAAGUCUCAGCACAGAGUGGUGGUGGUGGCGACCCAGGAGCCGUCGAGCCGGAACGGGGAGUGGCGCCCAUCAAACCUCAAUACCUCACCACCAAGGAGCAGUUCCACGAAUUUCUGGAAGCCAAAGGGCAGGAGAAGCCCAGCCAGGAAUCCGAGGCUGUAGACCCUGCUGGCAAUGACCUGACUGAGCCUGAGGCCAAGCGGAUCCGACUGGAGGACGGGCAGACAGAGGACGAGCAGGCAGAGGAGGCAGCUGAAACUGGGGAGCAGCUUCAGGCUCAGAAGAGGGCCCGGGGCCAGAACAAGUGCCGGCCUCACGUGAAGCCCACCCACUAUGAUAAGAACAAGCUCUGUCCCUCUCUGGUCCAGGUGUGCGUCACUGUCACCGAAAGUCCCAGAUGCCUUGAGUGUGAGCCUGUCUGCCCCCCCAGUUCAAUCUUCUUGACGUUAUGGUGUAUCGUUAUUGUUCCCAUCUUCCAGGAAUCAGCUGCUAGGUGUUUCUAUGGUGACCGCUGCCGCUUCCUGCAUGACGUGGGCCACUACCUGGAGACCAAGCCUGCUGACCUUGGCCCCAGCUGUGUGCUCUUCGAGACCUUCGGCAGGUGUCCCUAUGGUGUAACCUGCCGCUUUGCCGGGGCCCAUCUGGGGCCCGAGGGCCAGAAUCUGGUGAGGGAGGGGUUGGUCCAGGCGCCGCCCGUCCGCAACGGCCUGGACAAGGCCCUGCAGCAGCAGCUGCGAAAAAGGAAGAUCCACUUCAAGCGUGCAGAGCAGGCUCUGCGCCAGCUGAGCAGGGGCCCGCUGCCAGGCCCCACCUCCGAAGCCACUGUCCCUGAGGGCAGGGAGGCCGAGGGUGCCCCAGGGCAGGAUAACUGUGACAUCCAGCUGGCCCCCCAGGAACCGGACACCGUUGGCCCUCCCAGUGGCCCUUUAAGGACCUGCGGACCCCUGACAGAUGAGGAUGUAGUCAGGUUGAGGCCCCAUGAGAAGCGGCGGCUGGACAUCAGUGGCAAGCUGUACCUGGCCCCACUCACCACGUGUGGCAACCUGCCCUUCCGCCGGAUCUGUAAGCGCUUCGGGGCAGAUGUGACCUGCGGGGAGAUGGCUGUGUGCACUAACCUGCUACAGGGCCAGACGUCCGAGUGGGCCCUGCUCAAACGCCACCCCUGCGAGGAUAUCUUUGGCGUCCAGCUUGAAGGCGCCUUUCCUGACACCAUGACCAAAUGUGCCGAGCUGCUGAACCGCACCAUCGAGGUGGAUUUCGUGGACAUCAAUGUCGGCUGCCCCAUUGAUCUCGUGUUCAAGAAGGGCGGGGGCUGUGCCCUCAUGAACCGCUUGGCCAAGUUCCAGCAGAUCGUCCGCGGCAUGAACCAGGUGCUGGACGUGCCGCUGACCGUGAAGCUGCGCACGGGUGUCCAGGAGCGUGUGAAUCUGGCCCACCGACUGCUGCCCGAUCUGCGGGCCUGGGGGGCGGCUCUGGUCACGCUCCACGGCCGCUCACGAGAGCAGCGCUACACCAAGUUGGCCGACUGGCAGUACAUCGAGCAGUGCGUGGCGGCGGCCCACCCCAUGCCCCUUUUCGGGAAUGGAGACGUCUUGUCCUACGAGGAUGCCAACCGAGCCCUGCAGACCGGUGUUGCAGGGGUCAUGAUCGCGCGUGGCGCCCUGCUCAAGCCGUGGCUGUUCACGGAGAUCAAGGAGCAGAGGCACUGGGACAUCUCAUCGUCCGAGCGCCUGGACAUCCUGCGGGACUUCACGCACUACGGCCUGGAGCACUGGGGCUCAGACACGCAGGGUGUGGAGAAGACGCGCCGCUUCCUCCUCGAGUGGCUCUCCUUCCUGUGCAGGUAUGUGCCCGUGGGCCUGCUGGAGCGGCUCCCACAGCGGAUCAACGAGCGGCCACCCUACUACCUGGGCCGCGACUACCUGGAGACGCUCAUGGCCAGCCAGAAGGCAGCCGACUGGAUUCGCAUCAGUGAGAUGCUGCUGGGACCUGUCCCGCCCAACUUCGUCUUCCUGCCCAAGCACAAGGCCAAUGCCUACAAGUAGCCACAGGGGCAGGAGGGGCAUCUGAGUAUCCAGAGGGCCCCCUAAAGCGUUCCUCCAACCUGUACCACCCCCCAACCCCGGAGAAGGAGGUGUUCCCAACCCCUCCAGCAGGUACUGGCCUCCCGCCAACCCUUGAGGACUGGGCAGUGGGCGGGGCCAUCUCGUCCCCACCCCUAACCCUAGAUGGCUUCCGACUCCAAAGCAAGGCCAGUGUCCCUCAUCCCCUCGAUGGGGCUCUGACAGUAAGGCAGCCCCAUGACUCUUGUCCCCCUGUCAGGUUCCCCAAAGCCAGGUCUGUGUCUCCAGCCACCCCCGACCCCGAUGAGCCCCCAAAGCACGUCCUGGUCCCCAGACCGGUAGCUAAACCCCCAGAGGCAAAGCCUAUGUCCUCGUCCCCUAAAUGGACCCCAGGGAUGGUCCGUGUCCUGUGUCCCCCUGAUGUAUCCCCCAGGCGGGUCCCAGCACCGCCCCUCUGAGGGCCACCCUCCUGGCCAUAGGUUUC